CUGAAUAGCAGGACAGACCGCCCGCAGAACUGACAAAUACUCCACAAUGGGAUCACCAAACCCGGUGAACUGGAAGGGGUACUUCACUGCGUCUCAAGCUUCUACGGAAUCGCUGACAAUUGCUGAGCGCAUUGAGCUAGCCAAACCGGUGAUCUCGUCGGUGGACGCAAACCUGGAUGCGCUGCUCUCCACGCCGAACAGCAGCCAAAAGGUGUAUGCGGCUCUCAACAUUGCCUACCUGAACACCACAAUUCCUUCACUGGACGCGAGCAAGCCAGAGUCUUACCGCACGCUGGUUGCGCUGAACGAUGUGCUGACGGCCACCACGCCGCGCUUCGCCUGGUGCCUCGUGGAGCACUCUUUCCUCAACACCCUUGUGCGCCUGCACCAGCGGGUGGGCAAGAUGGACGACCCCACCGCACAGGCCGCGGUGCUGCUGCUGUGCAGCAUUACGCUGCUGGCCGGCCACGCCGCGGGCGACAAUCUGGAGGCCGUGGCGUCCCGGCCCGAGCUGUGUGAGCUGGUCAUCAGCCAGGUCAUCUAUCUGGCCGUCACGCCCGCGACGCUGCUCACUCCCGGCGGCCUGGGCACGGCGGCGCGCUGCGUGCAGAUGUGCUGGGAGCUGACGCGCCACCCCACGCCCCACUGCAAGGGCUUCCGCGAGCUGCUGCAGCGUAUUGACCUGGCCGCCCGCCUGCUGGUCAUCGCCACCGUGGCCGCCACCGGCAGCCCCGCCGCCGCCGCAGGCGCUUCGGAGGCGGUCGCGGGAGGCGAAGCCGCCGCCGCUGCGGCUCUGGUGUCCGCCAUGGCGGCGCUUGAGUCCGGCGAGGGCAAGGCCGCGGCCUCUCCCUCUAACACCACUAGCGGCAGCGGCCCAGAUGACUUGUUCGAGGAGCGACUGGCGCUGGCGGCGCAGGCGACCUCGUUGGUGGCCAACCUGGCGGGGCUGGGCACGCGCGGCUUUGAGCUCAGCGCGGCGGGGCUGGCGCCGCAGCGUGCCUGGCUGCUGCGGCCGGGCACGCUGGGGCUGCUGCGGCCGGUGCUAGAGGGCCUGGCGGAUGGGUUGGCAGAGCUUCGCCACCGGAUGGAGGACAGCAGCAGUGCUGGUGAGGGCGCGGAGAAGGAGCAGCAGGAGAAGGAGCAGGAGAGGCUGCAGGCGCUGGGGCCGUACGCGGACCUGCGGCCCAGCACGGUGUCGCGGCGGCGGCUGCUGGACCAGGCCGAGGGGGCGGUGCGCAACCUGCUCAUCCUGCUGGGGCUGCCCACGGUAGUGAUGGGCAGCAGCGAGGAAGACGUGGUGGAGGCGUGCGGCUUCGUCAUCCGGCACGCGUUUGGCAUGUUCACUGAGGGCUACGUGGACACGAUGCGCGUGCUGCGUGCCGCCGUGGCCGACCCCGCCGCCUCCGCGUCGGGCCGCGCCUUCACCUCGCCCUACCCAGGCGACUACGCCAACUUCUUCCGCGCCUUCGCGGGGCACGUGGAGACGGUGGCGCCGGCGCUGGGCGUGCAGCUGGAGGACUGGGGCGUGCGCUUCACGGGCGAGCAGGCGGCGCGCGACCUGCCCGGAAUGCAGGUGGCUGAGGGCGUGGACGCGCGUAUUGCCCAGUCCUGGCUCAAGGGACAGAUUCAGGAAAUCAUCAACUGGGGCCACUCGGUGCUGCACCUGGUGCGCAUGGCGGAACAGGCCAAGAUGUCGCCGCAGCAGCGGCAGCAGGCGCAGCAGCAGCAGCAGCAGGCGCAGCAACAGUCAUUCCCGCCGGUUGCGCCGCCGCACCCCUACGGCGGGCCAGGGGCAGGGACGGGGGCCGCGGCAAGCGGCGGCAGCAACUGCGCCUCGUGCGGCACCGCGCCGCCGGCCGGGAACCCGCCAUUCCAGCACUGUGGCAAAUGCCGGACGGUGCGGUACUGCUCCCGGGCAUGCCAGCUGGCGCACUGGCCCCAACACAAGCCAGUGUGCAAACCCGCUCCGACGGCCGCUCAGUCAGCUGCAGCGCCCACACCGGCAACUGCUACCAGCUAAGUUGCCAUCGCUGUAUGUGAUUAGGUAUUCGAAUUUGAAUGCGUUUGCGUCUGCCUUGUCAUAAAUGGCGCGUAUGCAAGGCGCGUUUGCGCGUAGCCCACUCGGAUGGUACCCGGUUUUGCAAAGUUUGCGGUAGUCCGGAUUGUAGAUGGUGAAAGGCAAAGUGUGCAAGGUCACGCUAAGGAACUACUGGGCGUUGUGAGGAAGGGCUUGCGGAUCGCAGACACUAAUUCAUGCCGCGUAGCGGUGCUGCGGUGGGGGCUGCUGGGCGCCAAUUGUUGGCAAUUUGCCAAUAACCAAUACAUGUGUACAGUGAUUUAUCUAUAUAAAUGGCUCUCACGAGAUCGAAUUGACCCGGCGUGGUUGACACACGCGAAACUGAGUCAAGACUUCUCGCGAUAUACUCCGGCAGCCAAUUAACACAUGUUUCAGA